AGAGUACACUCCUUCUACGACAACUCAACUCGUCCUCGCGGCCCACAUGACGGAGCGACUCUACGGCAGCGCGCCGUCGCCGGAGCCGGACUCUCGGUCUUCCUCCCUCCUCACCCCGGAGCAGCGUGCCGCCUCGGUCUUGGUCCUCGUCCUCUUGUUCUUCCUCGGCCUGCUGACGGUGCGCUGCUUCCGGAUACUUUUGGACCCGUACCGCAGCAUGCCGGCCUCCGACUGGACCGACUGCACCGACAAGGACGCCUUCGACUACCGCGUCGUCUCCUGACAGGCGGCCUGAGAGGGGCGUGCUACCGCGGGAGGAGGCGGCCGGAGAGGAAGUGGCGAGAGAGGCCUCGACCUGGCAGCGCCACCUGCCGGCUUCUGACUGGACUGAGUGAGGAGGAGAAGAACAUAAGUUGACCGUCACAUGCAACUUGAUCUUUUUUCCCCUCGCACUUCCACCUUCUCUCUGUGACGCGCGCGCGCUCAAGGCCGA